GCACAUGUCGCUUCUCCUCUUGUUCGUCAUUUCCAUUCUACGCACGCCAACCCCAGCGAUUCUAUCUAUUUGCCGUCGUCUGUCAUCGCCAGAAGACAGCCAAUAUUCUUACGGCACCGUCCUUUAACUUUUAAGCAUCGACAUUACCCCUCGUCUGCCUCGCCGUCGUCCCCCGGGCUGCGCCCCUUUGGUCGCUCGCUGUCGUUUCGCCACUAUUCAAACCCCAACCCUUUGCUGCGGGUUAUCAUCGUCAACGCUUGAUCUAUCUCGGCAAGAUAAAUACCGACUGGAACUCACUGGAUUCAUACGCUAGUUUCUCAGCCAUCGGUUAUAUUUCUUAGCCUCGACCUCGUCUUCGAAUAAUUGCCGUCUACAACUACCCGACACCACCGACCAACUUUCGCCAUUGUUUCUUCCCUAGAUUGCAAUAUUGUCUUAAUUCAAACGUAUAUAACAUGUCUACUUCGAAAGAUACGACGGCCGCGGAGACCUCAACCCAACCUGUUGAUGCUCCGGCCACUGCCGAUAUUGCUGCCGGUUCUGAGCCGACGAUGCCGUCUGCGUCAAACGAUGAGACGACAGCGCUGAAUAACAAGGCUACUUCACAACAAACCGAGGACGCAGAAUCUGUGCCAAAUGCUGAUCUGAAGGGCAAGCAAAAGGAGGAGACACCUGCACCACAAUCAACAGAGAAAGACGACGAUGGUGCGAUCGCCAUUGGUCCGGCUCAAGAUGAAAUCAAAGCGCCUGCAGCCGAGCCCAACAGUCCGCCUGUCUGUAAUAUUACUCUUCUCCUGACUACUGGAAGCCGUCACCCAUACAAACUCGAUGCGAAAUACCUGACCCGACGAAAUGUGGUUGUACCCGAGACAACCGCGGCCGGCCAUCCCGAUCCAUUUAGCAUCAGCAUUUAUACAUUGAAGGAGCUCAUCCUCCGCGAGUGGCGCAAUGACUGGGAAGCAAAGCCUGCCAGUCCGAGCAGCAUUAGACUGAUCCAUUUCGGUAAACUUUUGGAUGACAAGGAACCGCUAAAGAAAUAUCAAUUCAGUACAGAGACGCCCAACGUUGUACACAUGAGCAUACGCCCGCAAGAUCUGGAUGAGGAAGAGCCCAAAACUGGAAGCAAGACGCUUCCAGGUGGCCUUGCUGAUGACAGCCACACACCGAGCCGCGGCCUUUGCUGCGUCAUUUUGUAAACAACAAUGACAAGACGCGGAUGCGUCCGUCCUUCACACUACUGGAAUCCCCAACUUUAGCGGCUGCCUCGUGCUUAGUGCGGCGUAGGCAGUCGCUGAGCACAUACACACAGCAAUCUAGUCACAAUGUGCAUCCCAUGGUGCCGGGACUAGGUCUGCUGAUCCAUACUUGAUUUGCCUUUUUUUUUUUGAUACAGCGACUAUUAUCUACGUUGGAAUUAGCGCGGGGUUAGACGCCCCGAUACCUACUCUCAUUUAUAUAUGACAUGGGGACUUUUGUUUGCAUCAGAAAACCUUGGAAAUACUUCUUAGGUCAGCGCCUGUGCCGCGACAGACGGCGCAGCAUAUACGAUGCGAAUUCUCCGAGCCUGUUUAUGGCGUCCUGUUUGCGGAUUUUGUUUCUCUUUUGAAUUGGGACACACGUGUAUCUUCUACCUAUUUCCUCAAACCAACCAGCUUGGGGCGGGCAGGCUUGCUGGACUCCAAGGUGUGUAUAUAUCACCAUGAUAGACCUUUUUUUCACAUCCAAGCCAGAGUUUUAUAAAUACAAGAGCGUUUGUUGUACGAUUGUUAUUUUUUAAUUGCUUUUCAUUUUAUGUUAUCCGUAGAAAGGACAGCUGUUGUACACGAUUUAUGUCCAUAUGCUAAACCCUAGCCCAACCAUCUACGGCUGGAUCUUGAGCUUCUUCUCCAUCUCGUCGUGGAAUCCAGCAAUGGGUUUUGUGUCGUCGCCAGUGUAGAUGUCCUCCCAUGUGAUAAUGUCCUCGCGUCCUCUCAAGAUCUCCUCGUGCACGCUGGGCAGCCCGUUGCCGAGCGCCAGAGGGCGCCACUCGCUAUCGCGCACCAUCUUGAGCUCCAUGCCGCGGCGGAUAGGCUCGGCCAUGCCAAAUGUGCGGCGGAGCGUCUCCAUGCGGACAGCCUCCUGUGUAGCCUCCCAGUUCUUCAGGCGCGCCUCGAGGGGGUGUGCGGACACGGGCUUCGACGACUUGGCUUCGAGAGGGGUCUGGCCGAGGCCGUGGCGGAGCGUGUCGUGGACGCCGGGGGCAGACGGGGCCGAUGUCGUCUGUUCGGCAUUGUGCGAGAAGGAGGAGGAGGUGUUGGCCUCGGGGAUGAUGCGCAUUGA